CUGUUGGUGGACGAAGACGUACAGCAAACAACGCACAUUUUUUGACGGGGUACUUUUUUAGUACGAAUAAUUUUAUCGUAACUCUAAAAUGGCUAAUCAACAAUCACUAACAGAUAAACAAAUUGAGAAAUUUCUCUCUUGUUGUGAUAGCAACGAUGAAUUUGAAAGCGAUGACAGUGAAAUAGGUUGUGACACAGAAGUUGAGGAAGAGGAUUUCGUUGCAAACACCAGCUCAUCAGAUGAAGCAACUGAUGAGGAUGAAGAUAACGUUAUUACAUGUGAGAAAACUAUACUUCGAGGGAAAAAUGGUCAUAAAUGGUCAUCAGUUAAAGGUACAACUCAUCAUUAUGGGCUAAAUAUCGUACAUAAAAGUCGAGGGCCUACCCGUCAGUGUAAAAACAUAAUUGAUCCGAUCGACUGUUUCAAACUGUUCAUAACAGGAGAUAUCGUCGACGAAGUUGUAAAGUGGACAAAUGUUGAAAUAAAUCAACGCCAAUCAAUCUUACUAGCAAAUACGGAUCAGACACAACGGCGUAACACAAAUGCAAAUGAAAUAUAUGCAGUUAUGGGUAUAUUGGUGUUGACCGCUGUUAAAAAAGAUCAGCAUUUAUCUGUGGAGGAAUUAUUUGACAGGUGUUAUUCUGGAUCCAUCUACGCAAGCGUUCUCACCAAAGCCAGAUUUCAAUUUCUUAUGUCCUGCCUACGGUUCGACGAUAAAUCUCUGCGCCUGCAAUUAGUGGGUGAUGAAUUCGCACCCAUCAGAAAAAUAUGGGAAAUAUUUGUAAAAAAAUGCAGGGAAAAUUACAGUCCUGGUCCAUACCUUACAGUGGACGAACAGCUUUUGGCUUUCCGAGGCAAGUGCAGUUUCAAGAUGUAUAUCCCGAAUAAGCCUGCCAAAUAUGGAAUUAAAAUGGUGAUGUUAUGUGAUAGUGGAACCAAGUAUAUGGUGGACGCAAUUCCAUAUUUGGGCAAACAUUCGAACAAUACUACAAUGCCUCUUGGAGAGUUCUAUGUGAAAGAGCUUACGAAAACUGUAAAUUCGCCUGUCGCGCUGAGUCUUACGGCGAAUUUAGCUGCUAGGCAUUCCGCCGCAAUAUCAAUCGGUGACAAGUUGAGUAUUCUUUCAAGCGCUGCCGUUGGAGUAGAUCUCAAUACACCUGUUGUACUAAGGGCACCAAAACGUUGA